CAUUGCGGAACCCAAUAAAAGUGACCCCGUAAAACCCAAAACCCGGAUCAUGGACGACGUCCCUCCCAUCAUCAACAUCUCCAUCUCCCUGCGGAUCCAGCCCAACGAAGGGCCCGUGUUCUUCAAGGUGGACGGGACCCGGUUCGGCCAGAACAGGACCAUCAAGCUGCUCACAGGCUCCAAAUACAAGAUCGAGGUGGUGCUGAAGCCUGGAAACGUCGAGGCCACCAACAUGAACAUCGGAGGCAUCGUCUUCCCUCUGGAGCAGCAGUCCAAGGACGAGGAGUCUGUGGUUUAUCACGGCCAGUACGACACCGAGGGCGUCCCGCACACCAAGAGCGGAGACCGGCAGCCCGUCCAAGUCAGUAUAGAGUUCAACAAGGCCGGGACGUUUGAGACGGUCUGGCAGGCAAAAUACUACAAUUACUACAAGAGGGAGCACUGCCAGUUCGGCAACAAAUUCAGCAGCAUCGAUUACGAAUGCAAGCCCAACGAGACGCGGACCCUCAUGUGGAUCAACAAGGAGGCCUUCAACUGAGUCGGCUCGUCCUUCCACCAUCCGCACACCAAAUACCAAACAGAGGACAUCAGUUGUACCAGGACUACUUUGAACAUCGGCAUCACAAGAAAAGGACAGCCUUAUCUUAAAGGCGGGCUUCAAGUCAGCUGGGCUCUGGUAUAUGUGUUGUUUUAUAAAACAGGGAGGGAAAAUAGAUGUUUGCGAUGAUGGUCUUUAAAGGUUUUUGUUUUAAAGCUGCACUCAGCAAAGGUGCUCUUUGGCAGCUUCACAUGCCAGCAACAGGGAACAGUCUGAAAAGCAUUAAUACUCAGAUAUCCUACACAGUGACGUCAUUUAACUGCACACAGCUCGCUCAUGUUUGCCAACUCGGCUGUUUUAUGAUAUUUUAUAUCAAAGGAAACUAAAGGGACAGAACGAGGAAAAGA